AGUCCGCGAAGCCGUCCGCGGCCGCCGGGCGGGCCCGUGCCUCUCUUCGGCCACCGUAGUGGAAAGAGCGGGGGCGGGGAGGAAACGGUUUCCCGGCAACGAGAAAAAACAACCCGAACCAUCGGCUCCAGCUUUGAGAGAACGGAGAGGUACAGUAGACAGUUCCUCCCAAGGAGAUGUCGAUUCCAUUUUCCAACACCCACUACCGAAUUCCACAAGGAUUUGGAAAUCUUCUUGAAGGGCUCACACGCGAGAUUCUGAGGGAGCAACCGGACAAUAUACCAGCUUUUGCCGCAGCAUAUUUUGAGAAUCUUCUAGAGAAAAGAGAAAAAACCAGCUUUGAUCCAGCAGAAUGGGGGGCUAAGGUUGAUGACCGCUUCUAUAACAACCAUGCAUUCAAGGAGCAAGAAUCACCUGAAAAACAUGAGCCUGGAAAAGAAAACUCACAGACAUCUAUGAAAGAGAAGACAGCCUUAGAAUCUCCUGAAGAAGACAAGGACAUGGAAGAGAAUGCUGCUCUCAAAAUCCAGGCAGCCUUCCGGGGACACUUAGCCAGAGAGGAGGUAAAGAAAAUGAAAUCGAGUGAUCUUGAAGAGGAGAAAACAGAGGAAAACGAGUGAGGAGACUGGCUUUACCCCACAGAAAACAAGAAAAGAAUCCAAAUCCAUCAACCUUGUUGUGAUUGUCUUUUUUUCUUAGUAAGUGAGAUUUGAUGUAGUGAAGUAGCAUUUGUUGCUGUUGUAAAAAAUCUGUCGUGAGCAUUUGUUUAAUAAACAUGCCAUUGAACACA